UGUACAAGAUUUAAAUUUCUAGAGCUAUUGUCAUGUCAACAUUUUUCGUGCUUUCUUUUGUUCUCUACGCAAGUGAGUCUGUUGAGUACUAAAACAGCGGUCGCUUUGAACGGGAAAAAGGCUUAUUGAAAGAUCUCAAUGAAAACGUGACCAGCCAUGCAGAAGAAAGCAAAUCCAAAAGAAAACGCUAACAUACUAUCCCGUUUAUUUAUCUGCUGGUUAUACAGUUUACUAAGACUUGGCAGUCAACGACAACUAACACAAGAUGACCUGUUUGAAUUGUCCGACGAAGAUCAAGCAGAAUACAUUKUACAAGAUUUUGAAGAAGUUUGGCAAGAAGAGAUCAUCUCUGCUGAACGCCAUGGGAAACAACCACGACUAUGGAAAACAAUGACUCGAUUCUUUCACUGGAGUGACUAUUUCUCGUUAGUGUUCUGGAGAACUUUAGAAACACUCAGUGUUUAUUGUAAGCCUGUGAUAUUAUGGUUCUUUCUGAAGACGUUACAAGAACGUAAAUCUAUAGAAAACACGCAACAUCUUCUUGCUGCUGGAGUGGUCGGUAUUGGAGGGAUAUCUUUCAUUUACAUCUUUAGACAUAAAAACCAUUUGAUUUCAAAGAUGAUGGGAAUGCGACUCUCUAUUGCUUGUACUGGGUUAAUACACAAAAAGAUUUUGAAAUCAAGCCGUGUCCAACUUUCAAGUGAUAAACCAGGUCACGUGUUCAACUUAGUGUCAAACGACAUUCCACGAAUAAUAGACAUGGUUCAAAAUGUACAAUACAGCAUAUCAUCGAUUAUUGCAGCUCCAAUCACCUUUGCCUUGCUCUGUACUCUCAUUAGAUGGCAAGCGAUAUCUGGAGCCUUCUUUGUCAUCAUUUGCGCGAUUUCACAAAUUUUCAUGUCCAAGGGUUUUGCGUAUUACCGACUUCUUCAAGCAUCUGCAACAGAUCAACGUCUCUCAUCUGUYAACGAGAUCAUCAAAGGCAUACGAACCGUUAAGAUGCACGCUUGGGAGUGGAGCUAUUUGGACAUCAUUAGGGGAUUUAGGAGGAAAGAAAUGAAGCUGGCUCGUUCUAAAACGUUCUUCUUGUCCAUCACAGCAUUCCUCUAUACCAUUCUGAUCAUAUUCGCAAUAGCAACAUCAGUUUUUACUCUUAUAUUAUCAGGAUUUUAUCUUGAUGCUAUGCAGCUCUUCGUUUUGCUAUCAAUUCUUCAGAACUUCGGUGAUUCAACUAUGACCCAGAUUACAUCCACCCUCUAUUCUUAUGAUAACUUCUCUUCAAUAAAGAGACUUGAGAUUUUUCUAUUGAACAAUGAACAGAGUAAUCCAACUCUUGACGAAGGACAAAUACCUCAAGCAACUAAAAUGGCACCAUUUCGUAAGCAGUCUCCAAAAUACACGCUGUUGAAAGAUGUUGAAGAACCCAACUUAACAGUWAAGGUACCAUUUUGGAAUGAUAAUGACCAGGGUCCUCCAAGUAUAAACAUGGCUAACGCCAACAGUGGUUGGGACGAAGAUGAAUCAACUCUCCACAAUAUUUCCCUUUGUGUCAAAUCCAAUAGUUUGAUCAUGGUGACAGGGCGUGUUGGAAGCGGAAAGUCUACAUUGUUGAUGGCGUUAUUGCACGAGGUUCCCGUGACAUCUGGUCAGAUCUCUGUCACUGGGAAAAUAGCAUAUGUCAGUCAAAUUCCCUGGAUAUUUACUGGAACAGUACGUGAUAACAUUCUCUUUGGAAAGUCGUUUGAUCAAGCGAGGUAUGAAAGGGUGUUACAGGUAUGUGAUCUCAAGCAAUCUCACCACAUAUUUUGUUUUUCAGCUUGUCCUUUUAUUUCUUUCUGGUGGCUAAAAGUCAUAUCAACAAUGCCGCAUGAAACACAGAAAAGUCCCUAUUCCCUCGGUAUAUAUGGAGGUCUCGUCGCAUCAAAUCUAAUAGUGCCAUUUUUGCAAGUUUGGUUUAUAUUACUCGCAUUGUUGAGAUCUUCUGAGAAGAUACACGAAAAGAUGACAAUUGCUGUCCUUAAAUCACCUGUAACUUUCUUUGACACCAAUCCUGUUGGUAGAAUUAUCAACCGUUUCUCCAAGGACAUCGGUAUAAUGGACGAUACUUUACCGAUGAAAUUCGUGUUUUCAACGCUUACAAUUGGUACAUUUCUGGUUGCGUCGGUUUCCAUCGGURUAAUCAACUACUGGUACUUUCUCGUCACUAUCCCAGCGGUGAYGUGUUUUUUAUUCCUAUGUCAAUGGUAUCUCAAGCCUGCUCGUGACCUUUACAGAUUAGAAGCCUCACGAUGCAGUUCAGUUUACGAUCAUGUUUCAGAAACGAUGGAAGGAUUAGAAGUCAUCCAUUCCUCACACAUGGAGGACAAAAACAUGUUCAAACUCUACAGUCUCCAGAACUGCCAUACUCGAGCGCUCUUCCUGACUAUCACCAUUGGCCGUGCACUCGGUUUCUAUGUUGAUUUACUUUGUGCAUUGUACAUCACGUURGUGGCAGCAGGAGCAAUAUUUUUACAUUUAGAUGCAGGAACAACUGGGUUGGUACUGGCGAUUUCGAUGACUAUCAUUGGUAAUACAAGUUAUGGUUUACAAAUGUUUUCGUCCAUGGAAACCUUCAUGGUAUCCGUUGAAAGAGUAAUGAAAUACACUCAACUCCCCUCUGAACCAGGCUACGCUAGAGAUGGACAACCACCAAANGACUGGCCAAAUCAAGGAGCUCUUGUUGUGAAAGAUCUGUCUCUGAAAUAUUUGAAAGGAGGAGCUUGUGUCUUAGAUGACAUCAACUUUGAAGUGAAAUCUCACGAAAGGGUGGGGAUUGCUGGUCGAACUGGAGCUGGAAAAUCUUCUUUGGUAGCUGCAUUGUUUCGCAUGCCCGACCCUCAAGGAUAUGUGAUCAUUGAUGGUGUAGAUCUUCGUACCUUGAACAUCCAAGCUGCUCGACGAUCCAUCGCCGUCAUUUCUCAGAACCCGAUUCUUUUCAGUGGAAGUCUCAAACACAGUCUCGAUCCGUUUCAUCAUUUUGCCGAGGAGGAGAUUUGGGCAGCACUGGAUGUGGUACAAAUGAAAGAACGUGUCCGUAAAUUGCAAGGUCUUCUAGAAUACUCCAUCGGUGAUAGUGGAUCAGGGUUUAGUGUUGGCGAGACGCAGUUGCUUUGUCUUGCUCGAGCAAUCCUUCAAAGAUGCAAAGUUCUUGUGUUGGAUGAAGCAACAGCCAACGUGGAUUACAAAACCGAUCAGCUUGUCCAACAAGUCAUCAGGGAGAAGUUCAGUCAUUGUACAGUGUUGACCAUUGCACAUCGACUAAACACUAUCAUGGAUUACGAUAGGGUACUGGUGCUUGACCGUGGUCACGUGGUAGAAUACGAUAAACCAGAAGUACUUGCUUCUAAGACCGAUGGGGUUUUUGCUAAGCUGGUACAAAGUCAGCAGGAAAGUGAUGUCCUGUAAUGUUAUGUUAAAAGCAGAACAUUUUAAUUAUGGAUUGAAAAUCGAACUUUUAAGGUUUUAAAGAAAAUUCAUAUUUUAUAUAUCAUUAAGCAACAAGCAACAAUUUGUCGACCUGUGGUGUAAGGAAUUAUUUUGAAAAUGAAUGAUUUUGCUAAAUAAUAAACAUCCAA